GCAUUAGCUACUCCUCCUACUGACAUGUUAUCUUGCUGCCUAAUUGCUAUACCAGGGCAGGCAAAUAAUCUUUUGUGGAGGCAUUCUCUUAGAUCUGGCAGUGAACUGGCCGUCAAACAACUACAUCAGGGGUUCAAUCAUCAGGACUCCUGACUGGAAUCGACACCCUUCUAUACCUACCGCCUCAUGGCUUCUUCCACCUCCAGCGGUCCCAUAACUCGUCAAACCGGACGAAUCUCAUAUGAAACUAGCUCUAUCAUUCGCAAAUCUGGCAGCAUCUUCAAAAUAAAACGUGAAAUCGAAGCCAUCGCUUUUAUCCGCAGGCAUACAACAAUUCCUAUCCCUGAAAUUCUCGACUAUCAAAUAGACUCAAACAACAGUUCGUUUCUAAUGAAUCGUCUCCGCGGUACCACUCUUAGUUCAGCAUGGCCGAAUCUAAAUGAUCAUGCUCGACAAAACACACUAUCCCAACUGAAAUCAUAUCUUCAUCAGCUUCGAGACCUACACCCAUCGAUUCAAGGACAGAUUGGAUCCUGCUCAGGGGCAUCCGCUUAUGACCACCGAUUAAACAACGGAUUUCCUAUCGGGCCAUUCUAUUCCGUGUCUGAGUUCCAUGAUUUUCUCGUGACACCAGUAAAACGAUGUCCUCGUCCGGAGCUGUACUUGAAAUACCGCCAGCAAUUUUCCGAUGACUUCAUCGUGCAUUUCGCGCAUGGUGAUUUCUCAUAUGAUAAUAUCCUGGUCGAUAAAAAGACUGGAGAUGUUACGGGAAUGAUUGAUUGGGAAAUGGCUGGCUUUUGGCCUGAAUGGUGGGAAUAUAGAAAAGCUCUGUUUGGGAGUCGAUGUCAAAGAUGGUGGGUUGAUAUUGUGGAUGAAGUUAUGCCGUCUUAUAGAAAGGAAUUUGAGAUUGAUAGUGAGGUAGAAAUGUUUUGAAACUUGGUAGAUUUCUUCGGCAUCGACGAGCAUCACUCAUUUUUCUCCUUGAGCUAUGCCGUUACCGUCUUGCGUG